CUCAGAUGUCCAAGAAGUACGGGCCGGUGUUCAGGGUCUACCUGGGCUCCAAGAAGGUGGUGGUCCUGGCCGGCUACAAGGUGGUGAAGGAAGCUCUGGUCAACCACGCGGAGGAGUUUGGGGACAGAGAUAUCUUACGCAUUGUGAGCCAGUACAACGACGGACACGGUGUCAUAUGGAGCAACGGAGACUCGUGGAAGGAGAUGCGACGCUUUGCUUUGACCAACCUGAAAGACUUUGGGAUGGGAAAGAAGGCGUGCGAGG